GAUACGAUUUCUGGCUUCUAUGAUGAUACGGUGAAUAUUUUCAUACAGAACAUUGUUGACUCCGUUUGUUUUUUUUUUAUUAUUUUUAAAGUUUCCGUCAGAAACCCGCAACUACUCGGCGCAGGGAUAUUAUUUCUGUGAACCUGCCGCUCCUCCGCCGUUAAGAUGAAGAAAAGUAGUUCCGAGAAGAAACCCAGCCAUGUGGUGGCCUGGCUCAACAAGGCCGAGUGGGACCAGGUUCUGGAGUACCUGUACUCCAAGGAUGUGGCCCUGCAGAGGUUCGCGCUGCACAGGAUCUCGGCCUGGAGGGCUCGGUACGCCCACAGCACGCCCGUGGCCGUGGACUGCACGGCGGACCUGGUGAGGUGUCAGGUUCUGGACCGGUCCGGACAGCUGAACGGAGACGAUCUGGUCCUGCUUUAUGGGACGGCCCUGGUCCGGUUCGUGAACCAGAUCACCGAGCGGCAGCAGGGGAAGGUAGCCCGGCCUCUGAGGCGGCUGGUCGGGAAACUGAACAUCCCCGAGUGGGUCGUGGACCUGAGGCACAACUUCACCCACAGGAAGCUGCCCACCCUGAAGUGGAGCCGGAAGGGGUGCAAGGUGGUUCUGGAGUGGCUCCAGCAGGAGUUCUGGUCCAGGCAGCUGGGAGGGUGUCCUGAGGCCUGGGACUCCCAGUCUGAUGAUGAGGAGGAGGCUGAGCUGAAGCUCCUCACCAGACAGAAACAGAUGGAGAACUACAAAACUGCCCGGAGUCUGCUGGUUUCUUAUGAACAGGACCGGUACCAGAGCCUGGACGGGCUUCAGGAGGACAGGGAGAGGAGCCUGUGGAAGACCCCCCUGUCAGACCUGAGCUGGCUGCUGGGGGAGAUCAAACAGUUUGCUCUGGAGUCCAGCGAGAUGCUGGUGGACGUUCUGCUGGAGGACGGCUUUCUGGUUCCGACCCCGGAGCAGCUGGAAACCGUGGGCUGCGAUCCUUCAAAGAACCCCAACCCCACAGAACCGCGACUCCCCCAGGUCUUCCUGCGGUUCUGGCUGCCCCUGCUGAAGGUGCUGAACUCUCUGUCGUUCGUGCACCUGCUCCUGGAGAAGCUGUUCGCAGAGCUGAAGCUGCUCGCCAACGAGCAGAACCACCACAGAACCUUCUACCUCUCUGCGUGGAUCUCGGAGCUCCUCCUCUGCAACAAGUUCGAGUUCCGCUUUGAAACCAAGGUGCAGAAGAAGGCCUGGGCCAAGGACCGGAUCUUUGUGAACCGGAUCCAGCUGCGCUGGCAUCAGCUGCUUUCGUCGUGCCUGGACGCCCCCUGCAUCAGCACGCCUCACCUGCUGCGGUUGAUCCUGGACGACAUGGAGCACCCCCUCCCCCCGGAGACCCGUCAGAACCUGCUGCAGCUCUGCUCCAUCUACACCCAGACGGCCCACACGGAGUCCGGCCCGGCCCAAGAGCGUCAGCAGCAGCCCCUCUACACCCUGGAGAGUCUGCACGAGAAGCAGAUCCAGCUGUGGAGGAGCGCGGCGAGCUCGGACAGAACCAAGACCCCCCAGGAGCUGAAACGGGCCGAGGUUCUGGCUGAGAGGGCGAAGGCGCUCCGAGGUUCUCCCUGGCAGGUGUGCUCCGAUAACGUCCCGUGGAAGAACUUUGCUCUUGGAAAAGUUCCCGGGCAGUCAGACGACCCGUCGUGCCUCAUGGUGGAGGCUUAUUCUCCGAUGACCGUCUUCGACCAGCCGGUGGACCUGGACAGCACCGGGACCCAAAACGUCCCGGGAACCUCCGGUUCCACCAGAACAGCCGAAGGCCUCCUGUGGAGCCAAAGUGACGUCAGCAGGCUGAAGUCUGGACUGAAGCUUUUCUGAGUCGUGCUGUUGAUGAAAUGUUGACUCUGGUGUUCAGAACCAGAACCGGUCCGUUUCUCCUGCAGGGAGGGAGGACACGAAACGAGUCCAGCUCUGGACGCAGGAACCGUCAAAUUCAUGAUCAGUUUGAGAUUUUGUCGACAAAAGCUUCAGUGAAUUUUGAAAAUAGUUGUGAAAUAAACAAAUUUUCAGUUCACUCUUGUACAGGAAGAUGAAUUAAAACGUUUAGUUUCAAAU